AUGGUUAGAGUUGUCAUAGAGAGUGAAUUGGUCCGUACAGAAAAGGAAUUACCAAAUUCGCUUAAAUUAAGGCAGUUCAAGGACCGAUUGUACCAUGUUACCGGAGUGGAACCAGAGGAUAUGGAAAUAGUUGUGAAAAGACAGUACGACAACAAGGAGAUAUAUAGUACUAAAAAGGGGGGUGCCUAUUCAAAUGAGGAUGAAGAUGCCAACUUCCUAAAAGGAGAGGAGGAGCUUAUUGUGGUUGUUACAGACUCUAAUGCCCAAUCAAUCUCUAACCAGCUGGCCACGCAAGCGGAAGGAAUCCCCUCAAUGGAAGUAAUUAGCGAGGAGGAUUAUUUGCGAAGGGAUCAAUCCGUAUUACGAUGGAAGAUGGCUCACGGCUAUGGUAGGUUUAAUGCUGCACAGCAGAGCCAGCGCGCUGCGCUGGCAAAGCAGGACGAAGCAUAUGCCCGAGAGCAAUUAACGGCGGCUAUCGGCCGCCACUGUCGUGUCACAGUAGACGGGAGCGCUCCACGUGAGGCCAUUUUACGGUACGUAGGACCACUACCGUUGGACGUGAUGGGCACAUGGUGCGGUGUGGAAUUCCCGGAAGCCGCAGGCAAAAACGAUGGGCGCAUAAAUGGGGUAACACUGUUUGGGCCUGUGGCGCCGGGUCACGGAUCGUUUGUGCGUCCGCGGGCUGUGGAAAUUCUAUCAAAAGACGAAGAAUCCGCCGAGGUGGAAGACGUCCAUGAUGACGUGGAGAGCGAUGAUGAAAUUUGA